CAUACUCUAUAGUAAGUUUCCCUCUUCCCCCUUGCCCCGGCUUCGGUAAAAGAUGGCUGCCGUCUAGCUUUGAUUGAGCACGCUUAUUGUUGCAGUACGUCCUUGGACUAUUCAAUUAUUCCGUUGAUCAAUAAAUAAAAGAUAAUAAGAUAAAAUGCGUCGUAAGAGUGAGCGUACUGCCAGCAAGAAAUUGAAACCAUCUCCUGAAAAGAAAGUUGAAAAGGUUAAACGUACGAGGUCAAGACGAAGUAGAAAGCAGUCUACAUCCUCUGAUAAUGAAUCUGGUGAAGAGACCGUUCCAGAAGUGGUAGAAACUAUCAUUGAAGGUGAUAAGAAACCGCCUCCAACACCAAAAAAGGCUGAUAGUCCAGAUGAGUCACAGGAUCAGGUAUGGCAAGUAAAAACAGCAGAAACCUCUGGUGAUAUGGGUGAGAUACAGAAACUCAAAAUAUGUCUGACGCGACCGCCUUCUACGCCGGAACGAGUCGAUCGAUCCCCACGAAGCAAACGGAAACAUUCCCGCGCUACCAGCUCGAGCGAUACGCCCAGUGUUGAGGGCACUGAAGAAAAGAAAAAGAAGCACCGUUCUAAACGGAGCACUCGGGAAUCAAAAGAUGAAGAUGACAAGAAGCUUGAAAGCCAAGAUGAGCAAGAAGAAAAGAAUAAACCUGAGAACAAUACCAGUGAGAUAACCCAAAGUAGUGAUAAAGUGUCUGAAAUUGUUCCAGAUGAAGUUCCCAUGUCUACAACUAGUGACGAUACUAAAUCACAUGAGAGUAAAUCACAGGAUAAUUCAGAAAAACAAGAAACACCAAAAGUGGAACUUAAAGAAGAACCUGUUCAAACUGACAAAACUAAAUCAUCCGAUGCUGACACAACUGUUGUUUCACCAAGUGAUAGUUCAGUCACAGUUUCACACAGUAGUGAAGCCGUUGUUGAGUCUGUUAAGGAUGAAACAACAGUUGUUUCAUCAAAGGAUGAAUGCACCAAGCCUGAUCUAAAUACAUCACCCAAAAUGGAAAACUCUGAGAACGAGAGAUCAAAAAGACAGAGGAGUGUAUCAAUUGACAAGUCAGAAGUCUUGGAAAUCCAUGAGGAAGAUACUAAAAUUGAAUCUGACAAUGACAGCAGUAAGAAGGAAUCUGACAGGAAGGCAUCUAGAAGUAAGGUAAGUAAACUUGAAGAGAAGAUAGUCAAUGUGUCAAAAGAAACAGGGGCUAUUAAUGAAACUGAUGUUGUAGAGAGUUCACGUAGAUCAGAAGACAAUUUGAAGGAGCAGGAACCAGUCCAAAAUAAUAGUAGUAUAGAAAUAAUCAAAGAGUUAAACCAUUCGGAAUCUAUACAGUCUAAUAAGGAGGAAUCUACUCAAAAUGGAUCAUCUGCACCAAUUGUAGUCAGUCGCAAACGAAGAUGGGGGUCUCGCCCUUCUAAAAUAACAACUCAAAAAUCCAUUACAAUUUCUACUGAUGUACUAAAAGAAAUUAUUCCUGAUGUGAAGCCAGUUGAAUUUGAAGAAGUAAUAGAAACAAAAGAGAAAAAGCAUAGGCGAGUGGAGGUUGAGAAAGUUCAAAGACCUAUUUUGCCUAAAAUUGUCAUAGAUAAUACGGAAAAUGUUGAACAGCUUAAAAGGGAAAAGGAUCUGGAAGAUGAUGAGAAUGAAGGUGGUAAAUCAAGAGAGUCCCAUUUAUCUGUUAACAGGAAGAUAUCCAUAGUUAAGGACAAUGAUAGUAUUAUUACUAGACCACCAAGCCCACCCAGAAAUCGGCAGUCUUGCAUUCUAUUCAUCACCAAUUUAGUGAGGCCUUUUACACUGCCACAGUUGAAGAAUCUGUUGCAAAGAACUGGCAGGAUUGAAGAAAAUGGAUUUUGGAUAGACAGAAUCAAGUCAAAAUGUUUUGUAAAAUAUGUAUCUGAAGAUCAAGCUGUGGAAACCCGACAUGCAUUACACGGGGUGACAUGGCCAGUGUCGAACCCCAAGACUUUACAAGUAGACUUCUCAACUCAAGAGGCUUUUGACAAAGCCAAGUUAAAUGAAGACACAGAAAAUGCUCAGUCAUCUACCAUACCAGGAACUGUCGAGGACUGGCUCAGGGAGCAGGACAUGAAACGGGAACGAGGAGAAUUGGACAAGCCAUGGGAACGGAAAGCGGCGAUGCGGGAGUGGGAUGUCGGCAAGGGAGACAAAGACAAAGAUAAGAUAAGGCGAGAGGACGACCGACGGCCGCUGGAGAAGAGAAGGCACAGAACUCCUGAGAGAAGUCCUGAACCAGCACGGAAGUUUAAAAAGAAAGAGGAAGAAGCUCCAGCGAAAUUGCUAGAUGACUUGUUCAGAAAGACAAAAACCACACCAUGCAUAUAUUGGCUACCUCUCUCAGCUGAAACGAUAGCAGUAAAAGAAGAGCAAAGGCGACAACAUAUGGCCGAGCACGAACGCCGCCUGCAGGAGUUGCGUCGCACUCAUCGCCGUCACUAUUUGAAAAUGGUACGAGGUGUGUUGGUGGUAGUGUGCGCGGCGCUGGCCGCUGCGUCUGCGCAAGACCCCUUCACACUGGAAGAGUUUGUUGGCGGAGUCUUCGCUCAGUCUGGAUUCAAUGGAGUCUGGAUUUCUGACACUGAAUUCACAUACACCAUCCCUGGUGAGCCGGGUAUCCAUGUCUUCAAUGUGGAGGAACUGGAGAGCACAAUACUCGUCUCAGGAGAACUAAUGGCUCAAUUGAACACCAACAACCCAAUCUUGUCUGCAGAUAGACAGUUUAUCUUGGCUCCUAGUGAAGUGCAAUCAGUAUACCGCUACUCCACAACGGGUCGGUAUGCACUCUACGGGAUUGAGAAUGACACCACAACCCUCAUAGCCGACCACCAAAGGCUGCAGCUGUGUAUCUUCGGCGGAGGUCAUUCACUCGCCUAUGUGCUGGACAACAAUGUCUACUAUCUACCUGAGAAUUCGGUGAAUCCCAUACAGCUGACUGAUGACGGUGUUGAGGGUAUCAUUUACAAUGGACACACCGACUGGGUCUAUGAAGAGGAUGUGAUGUACACGGGGCAGGCGACGUGGUUCUCCACCGGCGGAUCUUACCUUGCGUUCGCGAGCUUCGACGACACGCUGGUGGAGAGCUACUCGUACUAUUACUACGUCGACAAGACUGACCCUGAUGACCCGUACCCUGAGCUGUUUGACCUUAAGUAUCCUAAGGUCGGCCGUACAAACCCAACAGUGACCUUACGUCUAGUGAAUCUAACCGCUCUAGUGGAAGAAACCAACAGCGACUUCAUAACCAUGGCGCCUCCAGAGGUCGUCACAGACGACCAUAUUCUGGGCGGCGUGCGGUGGAUCAGCGAUACUGAAGUUGCGAUCCAUUGGCUCAAUAGGAGGCAAAAUUAUACCGUACUUCAAAUUUGUAAUGUCAACGACUUGAAUAACUGCGAGGAGGAACAUCGCUCUCAACCAAAUGGUUGGGUGCCCAUCGCGUUACCUCAAUUUAGUAGCGAUGGUUCGUUCUACGUGUCCACCCGGUGGUCUUUACCCCAAGCUGAUGAGAGGAUCUGGCAACACCUGUAUCUGACUGUGAGGAUCAAUGGACAGAUGGAAUCCAGUUCUAUCACGCCGGGUGCGUCCACUGUCAAUAACUACGUAGGAAUGAACGAGAAUGGACCUUACUUCUUCUACACACGGACCUUACCUGGGCAGCAAUGGCGCUCGCAAGUCCAGAUAUUAUUUCAUUACAGUUUCAAACUAUUUAUUCUCAAUCAAAUUCUUCAAAAUAUUUCAUCAAAAAAACUGAUAUUCCAGAGCCGGACAGUGCUCUACACCUGGAACAACAACACAGUGGUCCGGGAGCGGCUCCAGGGCAAGUCGCGUCCAGUCAGCGAGAUCUUCACCGUGCCCCUGGAGAGCGGCAUUCCAGCCCCGGUCAGGCUCCACUUCCCCCCGGGAAUAGACCUAACUGACACCAACACUACGUACCCGAUGGUGUACUAUGUGUAUUCAGGACCUAAUACUAACACGGUCUUUGAUACUUUCACUGUUGGCUACCACUCGUACCUGGCCACGAGCCGCAACGUGAUCUACAUGGUGGCGGACGGGCGCGGCGCCGGCCUCAACGGACAGGAUAUCCUGUAUUCCCUCAACAAUGCUCUAGGCACCGUGGAGGUCGAGGACCACCUGGUCAUUUUGAGGCAAGUGCUAGACCGUUACCCGGUCAUCGACCGGUCGCGCGUGGGUAUCUGGGGCCACAGCUACGGCGGGUAUGCAACCCUGCUGACCCUCAUCAAAGAUGAGGAUCAUCUGUUCCGGUGCGGCAUUGCCAGUGCGCUGGUCACCUCAUGGCUAUACUACAACACGAUGUACACGGAGCGCUACAUGGGCCUGCCCACUUGGGAAGACAACCUGAGCGGCUACAAUGCUAGUGACGUCACAGUACUGGCGGAUAAACUGCGAGGCCACGACUUCUUCGUGAUGCACGGCAACGCUGACGACAACGUCCAUUACCAGAACGCUGCGAAGCUUUUCACAGCGCUGCAGCAGUUGGACAUUCCUUUUGAGCAGAUGUCGUAUCCUGACGAAGCCCACGGCCUGGCUGGAGUGCCGAUGCACCGGUACAAUGCCAUGAACCGUUACUGGGAGAAGUGCUUGAACAUAUAAACAGGGUCAAUGAAGUUAGUACUUGUUUAUUUAGUUAGUUUGUUCGUUCACCUACGUAUGUGUUUUUCUGUCCACCGAACGAAGUGUAAGAUUCUAUCUAAGUAUUGUUUACAUUUGAAAUAUAUUUUGUAUAACAAUAUUUUUUAAUAAAACACAUUUAAUAUA